GAAAAUAUUAUUUUCUGUUUCAAUGGCGAAUAAUGCUGAUAAUACUUUUCUUCACAUAUAAAUAAAGACAAAAUUAUCUCGUCGUAAACAAUUUAUAACUAAGUUAUCUCGCAUUUAAUAUUUUUAUUUUUAUAAUUACUUUUACAACUUUCGUAUUACAUUACUGUACUAGUGUCCAGUGUAGAAGUUGAAGCGGGCAUACUUCAUUCACACUCCGAUCAUCAUGACACGAACAUACAAUACGUUUACUCAUAAUUUUUUUUAAGUAUAAUAAACCGUGAUUAAUUUUAAAGUAUAGUGAUUUUUAUAUUAUUAAAUCUGAUAACGAUAUUGAAUAAUCAAUUAUUUUCAAAUAAAUGUAAACAAAAAUAUCAUACGACUUCAAUAUGUCAUUGGAUUAUUUCCAAUAUAUGAGUAAAUAUUUGCCGUAUAAAGUAGAAUACAUCCCAAGUGAUAAAAGUCAGUGUUUCGAAUGUAGAGGAAAAAUCAAACGUAUAGAAAACAUACGAAUUGGAAAAAUCGUACCAAGUCAUUUACAUGAUGGGCUUAUAGAACAAUGGUUUCAUUUCGAAUGUUUUUUUCUGAACAAUGAAAUAACAAUUCAAGAGAUAUCUAACAUGGAUAAUAUUAAGUGGGAACAUCAAAUACAAAUAAAAAACAAAAUCGAUUCUAAAAAUCCUGAUAAUUAUGAUGACGAUAAUCAACAAAUUAAAAUUUCACAAAAUUCACAAUUUUUCGAACUGCGGGAUCAGCUGAUAAAUUUGCCAAAAAAUGAAUUAAAGGAUUUAAUGAAGCAUAAUAUGCAAUAUUAUUAUUUCAAGAAAGACUUUUUUUUUUUCGAUGAAGUUACUGAUCGAAUUCUAUUCGGAGCAUUGAAAAAAUGUCAUAAAUGUAAGUCAGGAAAAUUAAUAUUUGAAUCAGGAAUCGGUUAUAAAUGUAUGGGAAUGUACAAAGAUAUAAGAUGUUUAACAAUUACUCUCAAUCCAAGAAGAUUUAAAUUUAAAUUAAAAAAUGAAAUAAAAAGUAAACAUGAAUUUUUGUCUCGCGAAUUUCAAAUCGGACAGAGAAUUAUCAAUAAACCGUCUCUAGAAGCUUUUAGAAGUAAUGACAGUAUUGAGGAAGAAAAUACCAUAAUAUUACGUUUAAACAAUGAACUUGACCAUUGCUCCCAAAUAUAUGUAAACAAAGGCGAAACUCUAUCUAAAAUGUUCGUAAGAACUGAUAUUCAAUUAAACCAAAAUAAGUAUUACCAAUUAGAAGUUCGCAAACAUCAUAAUUACGAUAGAUUCUGGCUCCUUCAGAAAUGGGGAAGAAUAGGAACUUCACGUGGCGAUCAAAAACUUCAGGUGUUGUCUCGAGAAGAGUGUCUUGGAGAAUUUACAAAAAUUAGCAAGAAAAAAGAAGUAUCCUGCUCACCUGUAGAUCAACAUUUUUCAAUGAAUAAAGACGAAAUUUUUCACAAUAAAGUUGACAUAAUAAAAACUAAUCCAACAGAACCAGUAGAAAAACUUAUGAAGCUUAUUUAUGAUAAAAAUAUUUUGAAAAAAAAGUUUAAGAUGUACAAGAUUGAUUUAGAAGAAAUUCCGAUCGGAAAAGUAACAACGGAAACAAUUGAAUGCGCAGAGAAACUUUUGGUCGAGAUUCAGAAUAAGUUUACUAGCAAUCAACCCGACAAGAUAUUUGAUCUGAUAGCUAUGACUAAUAAAUUUUAUUCUCUGAUACCACAUGCAUUUGGUAAUAAACGACCUCCAAUAAUAGACAAUAAUAUGAAGUAUAGAAAUGAGUUAAAAAAAUUAAAGUCCUUGAAAGAAAUGAAUGUUCCAAGUAAUUUCAAUAAUCCUCAAUCGGAGAAUAAUAUAAAUCCAUUGGAUAUUUUUUACCAAAAGUUAAAUGUAGAAAUAAAAGUGCUUAAUCGCGACCACGAACAUUUUCAAAUAAUUCAACAGUACGUCGAAAAUACUCAUUCAUCCAAACAUGAUACUUAUAUAAUAGAUCUUCUUGACAUAUUUUUUGUUGAAAAGCAUGGGUCUUUCCAUGAAAAGUAUGAAGAACGAUCAAAUAAUCUCGGAAAUAAAAAAUGGCUAUGGCAUGGGACAAGUUUGACUAAUAUAUCUGGUAUUCUAUUAAACGGUUUAAAAAUAAUGCCGCCUGAAGCUCAUAUCACGGGAGCUACAUUUGGGCAAGGCAUCUAUUUUACUGAUACGGUUUCUAAAGCAGCAAACUUUUCUGGUACCAAAAAAGUCGAAAAUCCAAUAGGUAUAUUAUUGCUAUGUGAAGUCGCAUUAGGUAAUAUAAAAGAAUGCAACAAAAAUGAUUCUAUAACUAGAAACCCCGAUGGAUAUGACUCGAUUAUGGGUAAAGGGAACAUUUAUCCAAACAUUGAAGAAUCACAUACGACUCCUGAAGGAAUUAUAGUUCCCUAUGGAAAACUCUCUAAGGAACAUAGGGAUUUCAAUAACUUUAACCAUAAUGAAUACAUUGUUUAUGAUCCUAAUCAAGUAAAAAUUCAAUAUCUUGUUAAUGUAGAAUAUAUGUAUAAAAGGUAUUUCAAUGAUAUAUUUACUGAAAAUUUCUAAAUUAUAAAAUUCCCGAUAAAAAAUGAUUUUAUCUGAUUAUAUAUGAGAUCAUAUAUAUAUAUUAGGGUGGUCCUUAUUUUGGACAUUUUCGAAUUUUUAUGCUCCCAGACGCUUAUGUGGUUCGAAAUAAAUAAAAAAAGAUAUUCUCAAAGUUUCAGGUCUCUAUCUCAAUUUAAACCCGUGCCGCACAGCGAUGUAAGUUUCCCAUUUAAAUAACGCGGGGUUUUGGCAUUGAACAAUUAAUUUUUUAUUCCGGCUAAAGUAAUUGUUCGAAAAAUAUGAAACUCUGUAGACUUUAUCCUUAUAUUAGCAGCUACUCUUCAGAAUUUUUACAGAUUUUCAGCUACUAUAAUUUUGGAGGUACAGCAUGAUGAAAAAAAAGAAAAAAAUUAUUUUUUUUAUUUUUAGCUAAAAUUUUUUUCAAAUAACAUAUCAAAUCACUCUGCAUCCUCAUCAGAAGUUCUUACUUUUUAUCAUGUUGAUAGUUUUGUGUAUCAUAAUAUUGAAAUAAUUAUUUAUUUACAAUUUUCUAACUAUAAUAAAUUUUUAAUAAAAUAGAUCUCUUUUAUAAAUAAAUAUAAUAAACUUAAAAAAUCACAAAAACAAAAUUUGCGGCAUAUGGUCCCGUUGGAAUUAAGAGCUCAAACUUUAAGGGAAUUUUUUUCUGUUUUCAUUGGAACCGUUUGUGAGGUGAUCUUAAUAAAUUCAAAAAAUCCUUUUAAGGAACACUUUACUGCACACUAAUGCAAAGUUCCUGAUUACUGUAUUAGUGCAACAAAGAUAUACCGUUCACACACUUAGGUGCGAGAAUGAAAAAAAGUGAGAACUUCUGAUAAGGAUGCAGAGUGAUUUGAUAUGUUAUUUGAAAAAAAUUUUAGAUAGAAAUAAAAAAUUUUUUUUUUCUUUUUUUCUAUCACGCUGUACCCCAAAAUUAUGGUAACUGAAAAUCUGUAAAAAUUCUGAGGAGUAGCUGCUAAUAUAAGGAUAAAGUCUACAGAGUUUCAAAUUUUUCGAACAAUCACUUUAGUCGGAAUAAAAAAUUAAUUGUUCAAUGCCAAAAACCCCGUGUUAUUUAAAUGGGAAACAUACAUCACUGUGCGGCACGGGUUUAAAUUGAGAUAGAGACCUGAAACUUUGAGGAUAUUUUCUUUAUUUAUUUCGGACCACAUAAGCCUCUGGGAGCAUAAAAAUUCGGAAACGUCCAAAAUAAGGACCACCCUAAUAUAUAUAUAUUUAUAUAUAUUAUUUUAUACCUCUUAUAUUUAUAUUUUAACUAUUUAUAUAAACUCAUAUAAAAUUUGAUCUUAAGUGUAAGAGAAUAUUCAAAAGAUAAACACAAUAUAAAUACUAAGAAUUAUGAAAGCAUGGAUGAUAUUGUUUAUUCUUUAGGUAUACGUAAAUAAGCGUAUGAGGCCAAAUCAAUGGUAUUAGUCACUAAGAUGCUGGUUGCAAUGAGUUGGUCUGAAAGCAUAUACGUCUUAUGAGUGAGAUAUUCUUUCCGAUUAUGCUAUUUAAUAAAGUAACAGUAAUUAUUGAAAAAUCUCGGUAAAUAAAUUAUUUCCAUAGCUUUAUUUUCAAUAAUAUAUCGUGAUGUUUUCUUAUUCCUGUAGAAUGGUAUCUUUUGCAGUAAUGAGGUAUUGCAAUUUGUAGUUCAUCGGUAUUGCAGUAUCACCGAACAUAAGUAUUCAAAUUGCACGUUGAUGCGUGCAAUUAUUAAAAAUAUAUUGACCUGUUAUUAAUAGAAAAUACCAAUUUAUCAACUAAAAAUUCAAUAAUAAAUAAAAAUAGCAUGAAAGUAAAGUAUUUCUGAAAACUCGAUUUUCGAAAAUCGGACCGAAAGCACUAGCUUUUUAAUUUUUAAAAAAUGUCAAUUUUCUUAGCAGCAGAAAAGUUUGUUUAUAAUUUAUAAAACUGUAGGCAUUAAUUUUAAAAAACUCAACCACGGUUAGAAUUAACUUUUUCAGACUACAAGUCAAGUCGGUGACACAUCUCUUUCUUGAAAUUUGUUUUGUUGUAUUUUGUAUCAUGAUGUGUAUACAAUACAAAAGUAAUACAUCAUGUGCACAAAGUAUAGGCGUAUAUUUUUAGUAAUAUCGAUAACUGUAGUGUACAAGUCAUAAAAUAUGUUUUUUAUGAGAGAGUAAAGACAUAUUUCCAAGAAACCCACUGUUUGAUAUUUUAUAAUUUUUAUUACCCAUAGCAUUCAUUCAACGACAACGCAAUAUAAUAUUUUCGACAAAGAAGUUAGUAUACUUGAUAAUCAAUAAAAAGUAAUUUAUACUCAUAAUCUUCAUUCCUCUUAUUUAUUCUUUUAUAUGUUAGAAAAGUUUGAGAAAGCAAAAAUACUGACUUCACUUUGCUUAAUUAUUUUUCUUUUUUUAUAAUAAAUAUAUAAAACAGAAAAUUUUUUUCUUUUUCGUUAACAUCUUAUCCUACUAAUCUUCUGAUUUUAAUCUUUUUUGCUGUAUUCGAAAAAAUCACCAUCUAUAUACACCUUUUGCACUAAAAACUGUAAUUUUCCCACUGCUUUUUUUCUGUGUAAUUUAUGAAUGAUGUGACUGAGCUCUAAAGAAUUAAUUUAUUCUUACUGUCUAAACAUGAAUUAGUGAAAAUAAGUCAAUAAUAUAUUCACUAAUUCCAAGUGCAAACUGAACCACUAAUUUCAAAAAGUGGUUUGGUUGGCACUCAGAAUUAGUGAAUAUUCACUUAUUUCACUUAUUCAUGUUUAGAGAGUAGAAAAUAAAAUUGUGUGCAAUAAAAGGAAAGAUUUAUUAAUACUAAUGAAUAUUCGAAAUCAUUAAAAAUACAUGUAACAACUAAUGGUUCAAAUGUCAAACAACAACAAAUUUUGUCUAGCGCAAUUUGUGUAUGAUUUAUUAUUUUAUAAACUAACUGGAUUUUAUCCAUUGUUUUCUUCUGUAUUUGAAUUUAAAAAAAUAGUUAAUCAUUAAAAGUUUUAAUUGUAACAUUUAUUAGUUUAAAUAAAAAUUCUGAAAUAAAUAAAAAAAAU